AUGACAAAUUAUCAAGAAAAAUCUGACUAUGAAAUUGAAGACCAGGGGCAAAUAUCAGUUCGAAAACGUUUAUCUCACGCUUGGUCUAUUCGUUGGUUUGUUAAAGAUUUUCAACGUUUGGUUGAUCAAUAUCCCAGAGGAAGAUUCUUAACUAGCAAUAAUUUCAUCUUAGAAAAUGAUCUCACUAGAGAUACUACUGGAUAUGAUUGUAGAAUUAGAUUAUUUCCAAAUGGAAAUCGACAAUAUUUAAAACCUGGUUAUGUCUCUUUAUACCUUCAAGUUUCUCCAAGAUUUAAAAAUGAUGAUGAUGUUAAUAAUAAUCCACAAGGAAUUUUUCAAAAUAAUAAAAUUCUAAAAAUGGAAAUUUUACGAUUUAAUCAAAAUUCUUCUUAUAAUACCAUUAAAACUGUUCAUCUCACUUUGGAUAAUGUUGAAAAAAAUGAUCAAAAUUCUUAUGGUUUAUCUAAAUUCUGUCGUACAGAUUCAAUACUUACAUCUCUUCAAGAUCCUAUUGAGAUAGCGAUCAAGAUAACCAUUUUAGAUUCUCCUAUCAAUGAAAUGACACCAUUUGAACCUUUUUUAUAUAACGAUCGUUUUAGCGAUAUUGAAUUUAAAUUUGAAUGUGGAGGAAAAUUAAAUGCUCAUAGAAUUAUCUUAGCUUCAAGAUCAAAAUAUUUUGAAAAAUUAUUUGAUGAAAAUAAAUCUUUAAUUACCGAAGAAUAUCAAUCCAAAAAUAAUUAUGAAGAUAAAUUAACCACGACCAAAAUCAAACGAAAAUUGACAGGAUUAUUAAAUAAAUUAUUAUGGGAUAAUAUGGAUAAGAUUUCUAAACAAAUAAUUAAUUUCGCAAAUCAAUCAAAAGAUGAAAAUGAUGGACACACUUUGAGAACCAUUAUUUAUAUCAUAUUCGAUCAUGCAUGUCAAUGUCGUAAUUAUAGUCAUUUAUAUGUACAUCUUUGUAAAAGUUUAAUGGAUGGUAUUGAUCAAGAAAUUAAAGAUAUUAAUAUUAAAAUGCCAGAUGGAUCUUUAGCAAAAGGGCGUCAAUUAUUUUUAAAAUAUUUGUACACCAAAUGUCAAUUAGAAUUUGAAAAGGGAUGUAGAGCAGAUCAUUAUAUCAAACGAGAUGAAAAUGGAGAUCCCGUUAACAUAAAAUCCAAUGAAUUCUUUUUAGGUCUUAAAGAGAAACGACGUUGGCUUGGUCUUGCAAGAUUCUUUGCAGAAUUAUUUAAACGUAACGUUGUUACUGAAUCAAUGAUGCAUAGAUGUAUUAAACAUUGUUUGAACAAGUCACAUCCUUUUCCAGAUCAAAUUGAAUUAUUAUGUGAAAUAUUAAGAACCGCCGGUAAAUUUAUUGAUCAUGAAAAAGCCAAACCUCAUUUGGAUACUUAUUUCGAGAGAUUACUUUUUUUUGCAAAACAUCCUCAAUUGAAUAGAAUUUUACAUUCUAUGUUGAUGGAAAUUAUCGAAUUACGAGAAAAUGAUUGGAUGACAGUUGAAGAAAUGAAACUUCGACAAAUGCAAAAUCAAGAAACCAAAGUAAUACAUAUUAAUGAUGUUGAUUAUAAAACUUUUAAGAAAAUCUUAUGUUAUUUCUAUACAGGUAAAAUUGAUACAAAAUUAGAUAGAGAAGUUUUGAAAGGAUACAUGUGA